AUGCCAAUAAAACAACAACAACCAGAAAAUUUAGAAAUUGAAAUAGAUACAACUAAUCCAAUACCAGAUUCACAAAUAAAUUACCAGGAUGCAAUACAAUAUUGGUCAUCAGUUCCAGCAUCAGUUAAUGGAGUUCUUGGUGGGUAUGGAGAACAAACAUCUGUUCCAAAAUCAGAUAUAAUUGGAUCACAAACUUUUUUACGAAAAUUAUCUAGUCGAAUGAUACCACCAGAAAAUCAAUUAAAAUUAACUAUAGAUAUGGGUGCAGGUAUUGGACGUAUAACUAGAGAUUUAUUAUGGAAAGUUUCAGAUACUGUUGAUUUAUUAGAACCUGUAGUACCAUUUGUUGAACAAAUGCCAAAUGAAUUACGUAUGGUUGAAAAACAAGGUAAAUUAGGUGAAAUUUUUCCUAUAGGUAUGCAAGAUUGGGAACCAAGUAAAAAAUAUUGGUUAGUUUGGUGUCAAUGGUGUGUUGGACAAUUACCUGAUGAAGAAUUGAUAAAAUUUUGGAUUAAAUGUAGACUAGCUUUAUGUGAAAAUGGUACUUUGAUUGUAAAAGAAAAUAUUGCUCCUAUACAAGAUAUUUUUGAUGAUACUGAUAGUUCAGUUACCAGAACUGAUUCAAAGUUUAGGGAAUUAUUCAUAAAAGCUGGGUUUAAAUUGAUUGCUAGUGAUGUACAAAAAGGGUUACCUAAGGAAUUGUUUCCUGUUAGAAUGUAUUGUCUAAAAGCUGCACCAAUAAAUUAA